AUGGCACAACUGCUGUCGAAAAUGGGGAAGGUAAAUCAAUACUAUAAUUUUCUAUGAAAACAAGAAUUUUGAGGGUCAUCAGUAUGAAUGCAGUGGUGAUUGUGCAGAUAUGCUCUGCUAUCUUGGCUGCUGUAACUCCAUCAUGGUGGAGAGUGGAUGCUUCAUGAUCUAUGAACAACCACAUUACAAAGGCCAGCAAUUCUUGGUCCGUAAAGGAAAGUACCCAGACUUUGAAAGCUGGUUGGGCAAAAAUGACUGCGUCUGCUCCUGCCGUGAAAUUCCCAUGGCCAUGACACAGGGAUCUUCUCAUGAGGUGAAACUGUUUGAGAGAAUGGAGUGUGGAGGUCAAAUGAUGGCUCUAGUGGAGGACUGUCCAAAUGUCAUGGACAUGUUCCAAACAAACCACAUAUUCUCCUGCAAGGUGAUUGGUGGAAACUGGCUCUUCUUUGAACAGUCCAACUACAAAGGCAGGAUGUACCUCAUGAGGCCUGGAGAAUACACAAGAUUCACUGAAUGGGGAGGCUUGAGUGCCCAUGUGGGUUCCAUCAAACGAAUCAUCAAUAACUAGAAUUAACAUUCAUGCAGGCUGCUUAGCAGGUU